GGGGAGGGGGCCUGGGAAGCAGCAGCUGCGGCUGCCAGAAGACGUUAUCUGCAGUUUGCGAGAGCCGAGGGAUCCUAGGGCGGGCGGCGACGAGGGCCGUGUGGUCGCCGCGCGUCCCUGUGCUCGUCCUCUUUUCUAUACACAGGAGUGUGGUGUCCGCCAUGGUAGCGCAUCCGGCCGCCGCAGGGGUCUCCCGGCGCCGCGUCCUAGGCUCUCCGGAGCGAUGAGGGGGUAGGGGCGCCCCGCGGCCCGUAUCCGCCCGCGCUCAGUCGGCCCGGGGCAGAAGGAGGGUCGGUCGGUCCGUCCGUCGGUGGUGCCCGCCCCGCGCCGCCCCGCCCCCUGGGGGCGCUGCCGAGGGGCGCCCGUCGCCCAUGCCGCCCCAGCGCCCUUCCGCGCCCGGCUCCCGCCGCUGAAUCCCGGGACGCGCAGCCAGCCCGCUCACCCGCCCGCCGGUCCGCCGGCGCCCACGGUCCAGCCACUCUAAGCCGGCCGCCCCUCAACCCCCAAGAUGUGGCACAACGUCGGGCUGACCCUGCUGGUGUUCGUGGCCACGCUGCUGAUCGUCCUGCUCCUGAUGGUGUGCGGUUGGUAUUUUGUGUGGCAUCUUUUCUUAUCGAAAUUCAAGUUUCUGCGGGAACUGGUGGGAGACACAGGAUCCCAGGAGGGAGAUCCUGAGCCUUCAGGGUCUGAAACGGAAGAGGAUGCUUCAUUGUCUCCACACAGGAUCAGAUCUGCUCGCCAGCGGAGGGCGCCUGCGGAUGAGGGCCAUUGACCCCAGCUUCUGCUCUGUCAGUGAAGGAUGAAAGGCAGCCAGAGCCCGUCUUUAAUGACUUGGCUUUGCAAUUUGCUCAAAUAUUGAAGAACAUUUGUUUUAAUUGGAUGUUAAGUCCAAUUAAAAUAAAGAUUUACACGUAAGCCAUAUGAAAAUAAAGGGAAUUAAAACCAAAUCGGACCAUUGCAAAUUUCAUCUUAAAAACAACCUUUUGCUUUACUUACUUUUACUUAUCUACUUAUUCCUUGACUCUUGGGCUUAUUUUCUUGCACUUGUGUGAAUCUGUUAAACAUUACAGUCUUGAAAAAUUGUAUUUUCCUGGUUUUAUAAUGUACUUUUCACCCCACAACAUUUUAACUUGUCUGAAAUGGGGAUGCAUCUUAGGAUUACUGCCAUUCAGGCAGUAGUUGAUGUAAUUAUCCCAGCCUGUGCAUAUAUGAACUUACAGCUUGUCAUAGCAUCAUCUGUGUAUUGUCGGUAUCAAAUGUGUCAGAUUUAAUUGGCAUUUAAAAAUGUCUUCUAAAAGAUUACACUAUACUUCAGCACUGAAAGGAAAAGUUAUUGUGUAUGCAGAAAAGCAUGGACACAGCAGCAGGGUGUACAUUUGAUGUUAGGCCAAUAUCUGUCGCUGGAGGAAUGACUGCAAUUCCAUAUUUUCUUGUCAAGCAACAACAAAAUGUCUUACAGGACCUAAGAAGGGGAGAUACCCACAAGAAGAUGAAGCUGCACUACAUUUUGUCACUGAGACAUGUGUCAAAGGAUUGCCUGUCACACGCCAAGUGAUGCAGUUGAAGGGGGGAGAAAUUGCCAAAACCCUUGG